GGCGGCGGACUACCAACAAGGAGACAGCUAGUUAAUGCCAGUGGAAGUCUCUGGGAGCGAGCCACGAGUCAUAGAGAGAGAGGGACAUUUAGCGGUUAGCUUUUAACUUUCUCUCGCGGAUACUUCGCAUGAGGCAGUUUCUCUGUUUGUUUAGCCACAGGGACUGCGGGGAUGGAAGACGAGGAGAGGCAAAAGAAGCUGGAGGCCGGCAAAGCAAAGUUGGCUGAGUACCGCCAGAGAAAAGCUCACGCUGACUCCCAGAAGAAACAGAAAAAGAAGAAGAAAAAGAAGCCAGGCGAGGACUCGGAGGGGGAUUCACAGGGAAGGGUGGAGGUCGAACUGAAUCAGUCUGUGGGAGGAGAGGAGGUCACAGGUGGAGGACAAGAUGGAUCACAAGAAAGAAAUAGAGACCCACACACCACGGAGUUUACCUUCACCAAGACGCUCAGGAGUGGAGAGACUGUCAGGCAUGACCAGACGUACAACAUAGAGCCAGAGAGUGAAGUUUCCACCACCGCAGAGGAUUAUUCCUCAGAGGUAAAUGGAUGCCUUGAUGAGAUCACAGAGCACCAAAUGAUGUCUUCAAAGGAUUUUAUCUGGGAGGAGGUGGAGUCCCUGCAACAGGUGACUAAAGGUGGUACGAGGCAGGAUUUGGAGGAUGCACUAGAGGCCAAGACGCGAGCAGUGGAGGAGCUGAGUCGAGAGCUUGACGAAAUCAGGUCUGCGUUUGGUGCAGAAGGCAUGCAGCAGCUGCAGGAGUUUGAAGCAGCACUGAAGCAGCGAGAUGGCAUCAUCACCCAGCUCACAUCCAACCUGCAGCAGGCCCGUAAAGAGAAAGACGAGAUCAUGAAAGAAUUUUUGGAGCUGACCGAGCAAAGCCAAAAACUACAAAUUCAGUUCCAGCAGCUACAGGCAGGUGAGACACUGAGGAAUACGAGCCACAGCAGCACCGCGGCUGAUCUUCUACAGGCCCGGCAGCAGCUUGUUCAGCACCAACAGCAGCUGGACGAGAUGAAUGUUGAGGUCAGAAAACUCCAGGAGAAGAUUAGUGAGAUGGAGUCGUCAGGGAGAAGAGCUGAAGAAUCAUUUGUCCAAAGGCUAAAUGAAAAGGACUUGCUGAUUGCUCAACAAGAAAACGUUAUUUCGAGUCAGGAGCAGUCACUGACAGAGUUGAGAGCAGCAGAGGGGUCUUUUGCACAAAAACUGAGGGAGAAAAAUCAGUUAAUUUCAGAGCAAACUGCAAUAAUCACAGAACAUGAGCGGUCACUGACUCUGCUCAGAGAUGAACUUGCUCAUGUGGGAAGGACUACAGAUGAGAAUAUUAUACCGCAGUCAGAUGAGAAAGAUCUCAUUAUAGCAGAGAAGGAGAGAGUCAUUUCAGAACGUGACUGUUCCGUUACGCAGCUCGAAGAUGAGCUGGAGACCUCCGAAAAACAUCUGCGCGAGCUCCAACAGCGAAUGACUGUAAAGGAAUCUGAGCUGGAAAAAUGUCUGGAUGAGUUGGAAAGCACGAGGUCUGACUUGGAGAGUUAUAAAAAUGAAGUAGAGAGUUGUAAAUUACAACUGGAGACGGAGCAAAGGGAGUUGGAAAUUUGUAAGAGUGAACUUGUGACCUCCAGACAGAAAGAGCGAAUGUCAUCUAAUGAAAUCAUGCAGCUCAUGGGCACAGUCGAAAAUCUGCAGAAGCGUUGUCACCGGGGCAGCAUGUCUGAGAGUGACACUGUUCAAAAAAUGCAGGAAGAGACCGAGAGGAAGCUGGAGCUUCUCAGGGCGGAGCUGGACGAGAUGUACGGCCAGCAAAUUGUCCAGAUGAAGCAGGAACUUAAUUUGCAGCAUGCAGCGAGAGUGCAGCAAAUGACUGAGCAACAUCACGCAGAGCUCGAGCGUCUAAAAGUGCAACAACUGUCCCAAACUCCCACUGGCAGUGCUACUGAGGUGGGUGCACUUAACACUAAGAUUAGGGAGCUCCAAGAAACUUUAGAGCAGUUUCAAUCUAUGCACGAAAAAGCCAGACAUGAGCUUAGCGAAGUAGCCAGAGAGAAGGUCAGCCUGCAGGCCAGGGUGGAUGGUCUUCUUCAAGAGCUGCAUUUAGCUAACGACAAAGUGGAGCAGGUAUCCCACAGUCUUCUCUCUCAGGAAAGCCAACAAGUUGAGCUGCAGCAGCUCCAAGAGACCAUUGACAAUCUGAGGAGUGAGCUGUCUGCUGCUCAGGAAGCCGCACAAGAAGCUGAAACUAAACAUGAAUCUGAAAUAACCAAUUACAAGAUUAAGCUGGAGAUGAUGGAGAGGGAAAAGGAUGCUGUGCUGGACCGCAUGGCAGAGUCACAGGAAGCAGAGCUGGAACGACUGAGGACCCAGCUUCUGUUUAGUCAUGAAGAAGAGCUCACCACUCUGAGGGAAGACUUGCAAAGAGAGAACUUCUUAAACACAGAAAACCUUCUCAAUGAAGCUGCUAUCAAACACGAGAAAGCGCUGGAUGAGCUGCGCACUGGUUAUGAAGAAGAAGUGCGUUUGUUACAAAGAGAGAAAGCAGAAUUUGCCACAGAGCGGGAUGAUCUUUUGCACCAGAUUCUUGGACUCAAAGAAGACCUGAAGAUGGCUUUGCACAGCUCUAAAACAGACGAGCUCGUCCAGCAGCUCCAAGAGCUCCAGGUCGAGCUUGAGGAACUCAGAAAGGGCGGAGAAGAACGAGCAAGAAUGGAGACUGAAAUGCAUACAAUACUAAAAAAGACGGACGUACUUGAAAACCAGGCAAAAGAGCGAGAACAGCACUGGGAGAACAAGCUUAAAGAGCAUGAACAGGAAAAGGAGACGCUGAUCCAAUCAAAUAACAAUUUGAAAGAAGAGAUUAGCUCAAAAAUCACGAAAAUUGAGACACUCACGGCAGAGAACAAUCAAAUCCAGCAACAAGUAGCUGAGCUUAGGGAAGAAGUAGAAAAGCAGAGGACUACUUUUUCUUUUGCUGAAAAGAAUUUCGAGGUCAAUUAUCAGGAGCUGAAAGAAGAGUACAAGUGUCUCAUUGAGGCAAAGACGCAGCUGGAAGAGAGGACACGGAAGGAGACGCUUGAAUUUGAGGCAAAAAUUGUCAGCCUUCAGUCACAGAUUCGAGAGCUGGAGGAGAGCAGCAACAUGGAGGACACAACUGAUAAAGCUGUGAUUGAAAAACACUCUACUGAACUAAUGGAGAAGCUUAAUGUUACUUUGAGUGAGAAGGAAAGCCUUACUGGAAGGCUUUCUGAAGUUACAGAGCAAUUAAUGUUUACAGAGAGCAAAGUGGGACAACUGGAAGAAGAGCUGAUGAAAGUGAGACAAGAAAACUCGGAGGUCAUUGCCCGAAAUGAAAUCCUAGAGAAGGAACUGGAAAAGAAGCAGGAGAUUACGACAGAGCAGAUAAGAGGGCAGGAUGCCCAGAGAAAAGCUAAGCUCCAGGAAGAUGAGGCAGCUCUUGAGCCAGUUUGUUCUUCGGUGGAUCAUCACAUUCAGAUUCAGUCUCUGCAGGAAGAGAUCAAGGCUCUUCAGUCCCUCUUACAGGCAGCUGAACACGAGAGAGACGCCAUUCGGCAGACUCUGGAGCUCCACAGGCUCUCACAGACUCCGUCCCCGGCAGCGGUGCAGUCCUCGGGGGAGGGACCUGUUGAAGGACGAUCCUCCCCGCAGAAAUCCUCAGGCUCAGGGUCAAGCAGGCGCAAGAGGCGGCAGAGGUCGAAGCAGGAGCGCAAAGUGGGCUCAGCUCUUUCAGAAAGCAGAGAAGAAAGACAAGGGGAGGAGAAAGAGGAGGCAGCGACUGAAGAAGAGAGAGCUAAAAGUGCUGCAGAGGAUGAGAUGCAGCCUCAGAUGGAGAGCCAGGUUGCGUCUCGUUCAGGAGAGGGGGCCGGUAAGGAGGACUCCACUGACGGAUACCAGGGAGACGGAGGCAGAGGCUACAUCAGCAGAGAGGUGAGCGGACAUGGGCCGACCGGCGGCUCGGAGCACGCUGUCGAGGGAGAGCCGACCGAACAUGGUGAGUGCAGGUUGGAAAUGGAGGCCCAGCGCAUUAGCCUGUCUCAGAUCCACGCCGCCCAGUUUGAGCUGCUGCAGGAGGAGACCGAUGCCCGCACACGCUCUCUGGAGCUGCAGCUGCAGGACCAGAAAGAUCGCGAUGAACAAAAAAGCUUCAAAUACCAGGAUGUGAUGCGAGCUGUGUCUGAAGAAUGCACUGCGAUUAUUCUGGCUUUUCGAAAAAUCUUUGGUGAAAAGUUUUUGGUGAGCGUCGAUGCAGAGAGCAAGCCGCUCACUUCAGAGGAACGACCAGUAACUAGUGACUCCACCUCCAUUAUCCUGGAGGCCAGAGAGCUUUACAGAGAGCUUCAGCAGGUCAGAGAGAGGAUUGAGCAGGAACAUCGUCGACUCUCACAGCUCCAGGCUCUGCUGAGAGACGAUGGGAACAAGAUGAAUGAACUGCAGACAGCGUUCAAUGAGCUGAAGAGCAACAGUGAGAAGGAGAUCUCUGAUCUCCGAGAACAGGUCGCAUCUUUUAGCCCCUCAACAAGCAAAGAUGUGGAGGAGCUGCCCGGUGCAUCUACCUCCCUUACCGUGGAGUUGCAGAGGCUGAAGGCCGAGGCCAAGGAGAAGCAGCUGCAGCUGGAGGAGAGUCACAGGCAAGAGAUGGAGCGUCUCAGAGCUCACUACCAGCAGCAGGCCACAGAGACGGAGGAACGAUACGCAACGGAGCUCUUCAUGCUGCAGCAGCGACUGCAGGAGGUCACCACCCAAUACAGUGUUCCAGAGUCCGGCUCUGAGAGGAUGGAGGAGCACAGAGAGGAACUAAAGGAGCUGAGUGGGGAGGAUUUGUCAGAGGAAGAUGUGGAGCUGUCCCGAUCUGUCAGGUCUGCAGGCCUGACAGCACAGCUGCAAGCACUGAGGAAAGCGCUCUAUCACAAGUACCUCCAAGAAGUCGCCGCUCUCAAAGAACAGCACAGCAAUGAGCUGAGGCGACUGAGAGAAGAAAGGGAACAGCAGGGGAGACUGGGAGAAAGAGGAGAGAGAGAGCAGGAUCUCAACGGGAUCAGCGGUGCUGGAAGCUCCACCGAGAGCCUCGGGGUAGCCGCGCAGGUCCCUGUGGAAGAGAAGCAACACCGGGAGAGAGUGGAGGAGGAAGUCGCCAGAGCUAUAGUUCAGAUGUCUGUGGAGUUUGCACAGCAGACUGAGCUGGCUCGAAUCAACAAGCGUGCCCGUCAGACAAGCUCCUCCAUGCAGACCCAGUCGGACGACGAGGCGCUGGAGGAUGGGGAGAAAGAGGAGCCGACUCCCAGAGAUUCCCUCACUGCAGGCGGCAGGCUGGAAGAAGCUGAGAGGGAGAGACUGGAGAGGGAGCUCGUAGAGAGGGACACUGAGAUUAGAAAGUUAAAGGAGGAGCUGCAGAAAUCUGCAAAAUCAGGACCUGAGCAGAAGGAAGAUGGCGGUGAUGGAGAAGCCGAGGACGAUGACGAUCCAGGCGGGUCGGGAACAGCGAAGGCUGAUGAACACAAACUGUCUUCACAGGACGACGAAGAUUCUUCUGAUAAAGAGGCUGAGAGAAACUUGUUGCGUAAAGCCAACAUGAAGCUCAGUCAGGUGCUGGUUGAAGUCUUGAAGACCACAGCAGCAGCAGAGGAAACGAUGGGCCUCCACAUGCAGAGUCUGCGUGAUGCUUCCGGUGCAGCACAACUUCCCCACUCCACCACACAGUCAGCCAAUACAGAGCCACUCCGACUUUAUAACACAGGUUAUACUUCAGGACGUUUACAGGGCGGUGAGACUGGUGCAGACAAUGUGAGCAUGUGGUCCGGGGAGAUGAAGACUUCUGAGGGUCUGGAAGUGUCCCAGCAAAUGAUGGACAGUCUGCUGCUCGGGGCAGGGCCUCAGCUCGAGAAUGAAGAAUAUUUAAUGGGAAUCAGCAGCCGACUGCAGACAGCUCUGGAGAAAAUGUUGAUGGCCAUCACUGACACCACUAACCAGGUGGAACAUGCCCGGAUGACCCAGACUGAGCUGAUGCGGGAGUCCUUCCGCCACAACCAGGAGAUGAACGAGCUCCUCCAGAAGCAGGAGGAGCUGCAGGAGAGGGUGAUGGAGGAGGCUCGGGCGCGGGAGCAGCUGGCUCUGGAACUUCACCGAGCGGAGGGUCUGAUUGACGGAUACACGGGUGAACGGGCAGCGCUGGAGGAGCAGUUGCGUCACAAGGAAGAGCUCCAACUGAGUCUCGAGCAAGAGCUGCAGGUCACUAGUACUCGACUUCAUGAGUUGGAGCAGGAGAAGUUUCAGAUGCAGGAAGAGCGCGAGCUGCUGUCACGGCAACAAGACGCAAUGAAGGAGGACGCCGGGCCGCGUGAGCUUCGCCUAGUUGAAGCUGCAAUGGUUGCAGCACCUGAAGCAGACCUGCUGGAGGAGACGGAGAAGCUGAUGAAAGAGAAGGUGGAGGUGCAGAGGCAGGCAGAGAAGGAGAACUCUGACCUCCUGAAACAGGUGAAGCUGCUGGAGGUGGAGCUGGAGGAGCAGGUCAACAGGGUGAUGGAGCUGGAGAGCACUCGGACGACAGAGAGCGGGGACCUCCGACAGCAGAUCCAGGCCCUGGAGAAACAGCUGGAGAAGAACAGGAAGUUUCUGGAUGAGCAAGCUGUAGACCGAGAACAUGAGAGGGAUUUCUUCCAGCAGGAGAUCCAGAAACUGGAGCAGCAACUAAAGAACCCACAGAAGCUUCAGGCCAGCUCUGAGCAAAGAAACCAAGAGGUGGACCGGCUGACCUCUCAGCUGAAGGAGAAGGCGGAUUGGUGCAGUGAGCUGCUUCUCAGCUCGGAGCAGCUGCGUCGUGAGGUGGGAGAGCGCGACGAAGAGAUUGACAAGCUGGAGAGCCGCAUCCGUGAGCUGGAGCAGGCCCUGCUGGCCAGCGCUGAGUCUCUGGAGAAGGUUGAACAAAAGAAGCAGCAUGCAUCCAUCACAGAGACAAGACAGCCCACACUGGAAGCUCAGUUACAGACGGAGAGAGAAGCUCUGGAGCGGAAAGAGAAGGAGAUCCACAAUCUGGAGGAGCAGCUGGAGCAGUUCAGAGAGGAGCUGGAGAACAAGAGCGAGGAGGUGCAGCAGCUUCACAUGCAGCUGGAGAUCCAGAGGAAGGAGAUAAGCAGCCAGCAGCAGUACCUGGAAACGAGGGAGAGCAUGCUCCAGGUGAUGGAGGAGAAGGACAAUGAAAUAGCACUUCUUAAUGAACAGAUCACUAAGCUUCAACACAUGGAAACAACCUCUGACAACAAGGAAAUGGAUGAGAGGGAUGAGCUGAUAAAAGACUUGGAGUCUCAGGUGGAGUGCCUUCGGAGUGAACAAGAGCGUCUGAAGAGGAAGAACGAGGAGGAGCUCGACCAACUGAAUGAGGUCAUAGAAAAACUUCAGCAGGAACUGGCCAAUAUCGAGCAAAAGCAGCCUACAGAGGAAGAGGAGGACACCAAGGGAGAGUCAGAGGGUGACGCAUGCGGGCCGAGCAAAGACGAGUAUGAUGAAAUGAAGCAGAGAAUGGACUUGGCCACAAAAGAGCUCGAGGCACUGAGAAAAGAGCACAGUAAGCUGCUGGAGACUUAUCUUCGCUUGAAAGAGAGCGCAGAAGCCUUGGCUGAAACGGAAAACCUGGAGAGCUCAGAGGGCGAGCUCGAGGAAGCUCUCAGGGAGAAAACUGCAGGGGUGGUUGUCUUACAGGCUCAAGUACAAGCUCUGGAGGAGAGUGCAUCAUCCAGAGUGGAAGAGCUGGGCGUUCGAAUUGAGGAGCUUGAAGGCUUGGUCAGUGAAAAAGACUUAGAGAUAAGCCACUGUCGCUUCCUUCUGGAGCAGUCUCAAAGUCAUGCAGAGGAUCUCCAGAAGAAGGUGUUGAACCUGGAGGAGCAUCUAAGGGAAAAAGUGGCUGCAGCGUUGGUGAGCCAGGCCACUCUGGAGGCCUUCCAGCAGCAGUCAGUGGAAACGAGACAGGAGCAGGAUCCACAGAAACCUCCAGAGCCACAUGUUGAGCCACAAAGCUAUGAAUUUGGUGAUUUUGGCAUCCCCCAAAUGGAUCUCAGCAGAUUGGGUCAACAAACACAAGUGCCCACCGGGAAGGUGGUUCAUCUGACGCAGAAGCUUCGGGAGCUGGAGGUCGGACUAAGCGGGAUGCAGAAAGACCAGGAGCUGCAGAAGCAGCUGCUUUCCAGCUCUGAGGCGGAGGUGCUCGAGUAUGAAAGGAGGCUGACUGUGCUCGUAGAUCUGCUCAGUCAGAUGAAGGCAGGGAAACACCAGAGGACAUCGUUGGCUGUGGAGGCCUCCUCUGAUGACCAGCAGAAUGUGUUGCAGCUUCUUCAGGAGUUACAGGAGGUCAGAGAGGAGACUUCAGCCACAAAAGAGCAGAUGGAGAGCUACAAGGAGAGCUGCAGCAGACUUCAGGAUGACCUCCGUGAAAAAACUGUAACGAUAGAGAGGCUUCAGGAGCAGCUCCAAAAGACAUCAGUUGGUGAGAGCGAAGAGAUGAAGGUGUCGGAGCUUAAACAGCAACUAACAGAGGCUCAAAGUCAGGCAGCGACCACCAAAGAAGAGCUGAACAGCUGCAAGGAGAGCUUGGAGAAACUGCAAGAGCUGCUGCAGGAGCGGGAAAUGACCAUUGCUCACCUCAAGGGAGAACUUUUCCAAGUAAAAGCAGACGAAGACAGGGACAGUAUGUCAGAGCUCACCCAGGAGCUCGAGAAGGUCAAAAACAAUGCGGCUCACACCAAAGAAGAACUCAAGAGUUACAUGGAGCGUAAUGAGAAACUUCAAGAGGAACUCCAAGUCAGUGAAGGUUCUGUUUCUAAACUUAAAGAGGAACUGCAGGAGGUGAGAAAGGACAUGGAUACCACCAAAGAAGAACUCAAGAGUUACAUGGAGCGUAAUGAGAAACUUCAAGAGGAACUUCAAGUCAGUGAAGGUUAUCCUUCUAAACUUAAAGAGGAGCUGCAGGAGGUGAGAAAGAGCAUGGAUACCACCAAGGAAGAACUCAACAGCUACAAACAGCACAAUGAGAAACUUCAAGAGGAACUUCAAGUGAGUGAAGGUUCUGUUUCUAAACUCAAGGAGGAGCUUCAGGAGGUGAGAAAGAGCAUGGAUACCACCAAAGAAGAACUCAACAGUUACAAGCAGCACAAUGAGAAACUUCAAGAGGAACUUCACACCCGUGAAAUCUCCAUUUCUAAGCUCCAAGGGGAGCUCCAGGAGGUACAAACAGUCUUGAUGAAGACAGCAGAGUCUGGUCCUCCGUCCCCUUCUCCCUCUCCUUCUCCAUCUCCCUCUUCUUCUCCUCAGCCUAUUUCCUCUACCACCUCCUCCUCCUCCACCACACAGCCCAAAAGGAAAGGAAGCAAACAGCCAGCUGGUAAAGGAAGCAGCACCAAAGACAAAGCAUCUCUCUCCAGAAAAAACUCCACCCCUUCCAGUCAAUCCUCCAACAAAUCUCCCAGCCCACUGUUGAGCAGCAACUCAGAGCAGCAACAUGCGACUGUAACAGACUCGUUCACGCAGACCGAACCUCUUCAGAUGUCUGAUCUUAGCCAGGAAAACAAAUCUGCCACCAAAGAGGAGAUGGAGGAAGUGAUCGGAGAAUACGAGGAGAAGAUCGUACAGAUGCAGGAGCUCCAUGCAGCAGAAAUCCUCGAUAUGGAGGCUCGGCACAUUUCAGAGAGCGAGAACCUCCGCAGGGACACGCAGGCGCUGGAGGACGAAUGCAAAGCUCUGAAGGCCGUCAUAGAAAAACUGCGGUCUGCUGAGGCUCCUACAUCAAGACAAGAGCGUCCUGUGUCUCAGUUCAAAGAUGGCUACACCAGCGACAGCAGCUCAGACUACAGCCAGAGGACAGGAUAUGACCUCCCGAGCCUGCAACAGGAGUUCAGGACGACUCCAGAGGGAGCCAGGAGAGAUGAUCCACUGCCUGACCGGAUCAAGACGUUGCUCCGUGAAGUGCACCAAGAAGGCAUGCAGGUUCUUUCUCUGUCAGAGCUCCCACUUUCUGAAAGCGAGCCAGGCGACCGGUUCAACGUCCAAGGCUGGGUGAAGGAGCGAGAUGCCCUGCUGGAUACUAUAGUGUCCCUAAAAAACUUCAUCAGCCAGAUGCAGACACACAGAGAAUCACAGAUGUCCGGCAGUGUAGACUGGCGUGGAGAGCUCCUGGAUGCAGUUCGGCAGGUGUUUAUAAAGGAGCGCAGCGUGCUGAAGAAUGCCCUCUACAGCCAGCUGGACCUGCUGGACACCAGUGACGCCAUCAUUCACCUGAAUCAGCUCGAGCGGAGACUGGCUGAGCAGGACGCCCAGCACAGAGAGGCGAUGGGUUCACUCCGCACUGCAGAAAGGUCCAGUCUCAUCUCUGAGAUUCAUCACCUCCGUGGCCAACUAGAGCAACUCCACCAAGGUGCCCGGCCUGCUGUCUCAUUGGCUGGUGAAGGUAGCAUAAAGGAGCAGAGGGAAGGAGUUGGAGCUGAUGGAGCCGGGGGGGCUGACAGGCUGCUGGUGGAGGAGCUAAAGGGUGAACUGUCUCAGACUAAACUGGAGCUGGAGACAACCCUCAAAGCUCAACACAAACACCUCAAAGAGCUGGACACACUCAGGGUGGAGGUAUCCCAGAAAGCCGCAGAGGUGGAUGCACUAAAUGAUGAGCUGACAGAGGAGAGGAAGAGGAGCAGAGAUCUUCAGUGGGCCAUGGAGAAGGAGAAGUGUCGAACUGGGAGGACCGAGGAGAGCAGACGAGAAGAGCUGGAGGAUCUUCAGCUUUCUCUGGAGGAGCAGAAGAACCACGUAGCACAGCUGAAACUGACUGUGGAGCAGGAGCGACAGGCUUCCUCUCAGCUCUCCCAGCAAGCUGAAGAGGAGCGUCUCAGCCUCCACAGACGCCUGCAGGAGCUCCAGGUCCAGCUGGAAACAGAGCGAGCUAAGGCCCAAGAGAUGAGCACUGCUCUGGGGAGAGAGAGAGAUCUGCGGACUGGCGUCUCCUCUGAUGGUGCUCACCCCCAUGAGGAGCAGGUUCAGAAGGAUGGGAGGAGCUCUAAAGAGGGAGGAGGUCUUCUGGAAAGACUGCAAAGGGAGCUGGACGACAAGCACGCACAGGUGGUGGAUCUGCUCAGUCAGGUUGAGGCCCAGAAGCUUGAAGUGGUACGAAAAGAGGAGGAGCUGACGCUGGUGAGUCAGAGAUCCAGAAGAGACCAAGAGGCACUGCUUGAGGCUCAGGCCAAGCUGGAGAGGCUGGAGGCAGAAAUGGCAAAGGUCCAGGAGCAGCUGAGAAGAGAGCUGGAGAACAGACAGAGUCUGGAAGAAGAGAAUGAGAGACUGGAGGGAAGACUGAACCAGUUAGGAGAGCAGAGGGAGGGGACGGGACCUGUGGAGGCUGAUGGCCGGAGUCAGGCUGUCUGGCACGGUGACUCCACGGACCGCACCAAAGACUGGGUGCUCCAGCAAAAGAGCGGAAACCUCCACACAGAAAGCUCCAGCGCGUCCCCUCACAUAGAGGUCUCUUCAACAGGCCACAGCAGUGGGCCGCAUCACGGCCCGUGGCGCACGGUGGACAGGAUUGUGAGUAAACUCCAAGUCAUCUCUUCAAAGGUCCGCAGCAUGGCGAGCAAAACCACCGACAGGCUUACUGCAGAGGUGGACAGUGAAGAGUUGUCCUGGGUCCAGUCCAGUCUCGAUGAGGUCAUCACCCUGCUGCAGCAGUCCCCUGGUCUACCCUCCGUCCCUGAGAGUGCAUCCCUGCUGGCAGGAGGCUCCUCCAGCUCCUCCAACACGCUGACUGAGCGGCUGCUGAGGCAGAACGCCGAGCUGACAGGUUUCGUCAGCCGUCUGACCGAAGAGAAGAACGAUCUGAGGAACCACACGCUCCGCUUGGAAGAAGAACUGCGACGCUAUCGGCAGGUUGGACUGGGAUCAGGCGACAGUUCCAGCAGACGAGGAGCAUCAAAGAUGGACUCUGCAGGUUUGCUGCUUUCUCAGGAGCGGGAAGCUUGGGCUCGAGAGAAGAUCCGUCUGGAGAAAGCUUUGCAUUUAGCUCAGUCUCAGGUGGCUAGACUCAGGGGAGAGAUCAGGUCCGAGAACCUGCGAGAGAUUACCGGGCCUGAUGCCGACAAUGCUGCACUCAAGAGGAUGUAUGGGAAGUACCUGAGGUCAGAAAGCUUCCGUAAAGCACUGAUCUACCAGAAGAAGUACCUGCUGUUACUGCUGGGUGGUUUCCAGGAGUGUGAGGAGGCCACAUUAUCACUCCUGACCAGGAUGGGCGGUCGGCCGUCGCUCUCCAGCCUGGAGUCCCUCAGUCAGCGGUGCAGGGGUGUGAUGCGCUUCCGCUCUAUCGCCAGAGUCUCUAUCGCCCUCUCCAGAAUGCGUUUUCUCGUGAAGCGAUGGCACAGGGCGACGGGAAUGAGCUCCACGGCCUCCUGUGCUGUUAGUAAGAACGGAACAGGACAGAUCUUAGGUACAGAGGCGAGGGAUUCCCCUUAUCUUCACCCAGGUGGUCCGGAGAUGUACAGAGAAAGAGGAAGCGGCGGGGGAGGAAUGUCUAGCAGCAGGGGGAGAAGUGGGCGGGAAUCCCCUCGAUCGGCUGUCUCCUCCACACAUCACAGGUUUCACAUGUCUGGAGACCACGGACCGCUCACCUGUUCCCACUUGCAGAACUACGACCCCGACCGAGCGCUCACCGACUACAUCUCCAGGCUGGAGGCCCUGCAGAGGAGGCUGGGCAGCGUGACAUCAGGUGCUUCUUCAUAUGCUCAAUUGCACUUUGGCUUGAGAAGAUAGAUGCUGACACGUUAACUUUGGCUUGAAGAAACUCAGUUGCCUUUUUCUCGUGCUGAGCGCUCUGCUGUUUUCUACCAUUCUGGUGUGGACUGUAUCUUUCCAUGUGGACCAAAACACAUUUUUUAUCAGUGUACGACAUGUUGUAUUCAGGCUUUUUGUUGGUCGCCGGCACUUGGAAAAACAGCUACGUUUGUAAUUUAAUCUGCCUCUUUGUUGUGGAUGACCUACAAUCAUGUAUAAUUUGUCUAAUGCUAAUUUAAGACUUUGUGAUUAAUUUAUAUGUUUGUGUUGUAUGGGUGGAGCGUUAUGUAGAGGAUGUUUGGGUUUACUGUUAAGGAGGCUGCUGCUGGAUAUUCUACACUACACUGUGUUUUGUUUAGGCCGGACAGACUACAGAGGACAUUUGUAGAGAACGUAUUUUUGUAAAGCGUUAGGAGCUUUGAAUUUUCUGGGUAUUUUGUCAAAAACUGAAAUAAAGAGGACUACAUUAUUUCAAA